UGCUGGGCUAAAAAAACCAUAAUUGAAACCAGGGUUUAAGCGUCCCUGUCAAACCUUUCUCUCUCUGAAAUGGAGUGUUUGACCUCACCUUAGUCCCCUGCUUCCUCUUUCUCUCUCUUAAAUGGCACAAACUCCUUUCUCCCUCCUUCUCCGACGUCUCUACACGAAGAACCCUAACCUCCACUGGGCCUCACAACCACUCUUUCUCUCUCAUCGCCUCGCACCCAAAAACUUCCCUUCUCUCUCCUUUCUCCAGAGCAACAGCACAAGCACAAGCAACAACACAACCACAACCUCCUCGGACCCCAACAAACCCACCUCCCUCUCAGCUCGCCUGAGCUUCGUCUUCGACCAAAUCGAUGCCAUUGAAAAAGAACGCUCCGAGAAGGACGAGACCUUGCAGAGAAUUCGCGCUUGGCGCGAAUCGAAGAAGAACAAAAACAACGAAGACACCAAAAAUCUUGGAUCAGAUUCUCCUGAAUUGGGCUCUAGCGAGUUGAAAUCUACUGGGUUGGACUCGGGUGAGUUGGAGGCGAAGAAGAACGAGGAGAGAGGGGGUUUGAUGAAAAAGGCGGUUGAGUUGGUGCACCCGUGGCCGGAAUGGAUUGAAUUGAUGGAGAGAUUGGUGCACCAGAACUAUUUUGAUCACAGAAGGAAGGAUGAGGACAAGAUGAUCGAGGAUUUGGGGUUUGACAUGUCCCAGGUUGCCGAGGAAGGGAUCGAUUUUAUGAGGGACUGGAAGACUGUGCAGACCGCAUGCAUUAAUUUCGGCAAGGAUCGGUUUGAUAUAUUGAGGUCAUUGUCGAGACAGGAUAUUCAAAUUUUGGUUGGUCAUGGAUGCCCUAGUGCGGAUAAGAAGGUGGUUUUUUCUGCAAAAUUAUUGAGGAAACACGUCCAUCUCGAUGAAGGAGAUGUCUGUAGUUCCUGCAGCUUGAGGAACUCCUGUGAAAGAGCAUAUCUUAUAACAAAUAAAGAGGAUGAGGCACGGACUAUUGAUGUUAUGCGUGUCAUCUUGACAUAUGGGUUUGAUCCUGUAAAUGGGUCAGUUGUCAAUGAAUCUCUUCUGAAAAUAAAGUCUGUGAAGACUGUAAUUCGUAAAUUGCUUCAUGAGAUUGUCAAGUUGAGUGCUGUUCCAAUAGAUCCAAAUCUUCCUCCUCCUGUAAUCAAUAAGCCCCCACCAAAGGUGAAACAACCACCUCCCCCUCCAAAGAAACGAGUUGGACGUGAUGACAUUGAGAUGAAAAAAGGAGAUUGGCUAUGUCCCAAGUGUGACUUCAUGAAUUUUGCAAAGAACACAGUGUGCCUGCAAUGUGAUGGCCAACGUCCUAAGAGACAGCUCCUCCCGGGAGAAUGGGAAUGCCCCAAGUGCAAUUUUUUGAAUUAUAGGAGGAAUAUGGCAUGUUUUCAUUGUGAACACAAGCGUCCACCCGAUGAAUUCACAGAGAACCAAAUGCAAGAAAGGCAACGUGGUCCCAGAACAAGUAUGGAGAAGGUCCCCAGCAGGGCUGAAGUUUCUAAUGCAUGGAAUUUUGAUUUUGAUGACAACGAAUCUGAUGGAGCAGAUGUUGCUACUUUUGAGUACGCGGAUUCUCGAAACAUGAAUGAUGAUUUUCCCCUAGAUAGUCGAGUUCAUGGAGAAAAUAUUAGGGGAGCUGAAGAUUUCCACAAUGCUAGCAAAAAUCCAAGGGUGUGUGAGAGAGAAUACUCAGAUCCUGGUCAAAAGAAACCAGGGAUGGGAUUUGAUGAUUUUGAUGAUGAAGAAGAUGAUGUCGACAGUUAUGAGCUAGACACUCAAAACAGUAACCAAGUUAAGAAGAAUUCUUCAAUUGAUUUCUCUGAGGUUGAAGGUUAUUCUGAUUCUGAAGAUAUUGAAGUCUAUGGUGGGAAUAGGCUUGCUCCUCAGAGAACCAGGUCAUUGUCACACAAUAAGCCUUUGAAGCCAAUUCAUAAAAAAACACCUAUUUCUGGCUCAGAGGAUGAUGAACUAGAUUUUGAUUCAGACGAAGACCUUCCAGUUCAUCCCAACUGGAAAUCUAGUCAUGUUGCUGAUUCGAGACAGGGAAAUAGACGUAAAGGGGGAAGGAGUUUUGGUUCAGAUGAAGAACUUGAGCUCAGUUCUGGCUCUGAGGACUUCGCCAACAAAGAUUUUGGACCGAGGCAGAAUAAGGGGAAUAGACGAGGUUCUAGUAGAGGUGAUUUCAGGAGGGGAGGAAGGUCUGAUACAUAUGAUGAUGAUGAUGAGUCUGGUUUAGAAUCCGGUGAUGAUGAUCGACGUUCCUUUAGAGGGAGCCGGAGAGGUAAUAAAGCAGGCGCAGGAAACACUUCCAGGGGUCGUGGUCGUUCUGAUUUUUCUGGACCCUCACGAUCUAGAUCCAAUGACAUGAUGGGUGAUAGAAGGAAACCUUUCAAUGACAAUUUCAAUAGAUCAUCGCGAGGGUCUCAUGGUAAUAAUAGAUCAUCACGAGGGCCUCAAAGGGAUGACUAUGGUAGGCAUAGAGUGAAUGACAGAGAGGCUGGUUUUCAGAAUUCCAGAGGCACGAGACGGGGAGGAUUUGGUAAUCGUCAACGUGAAGUGAGUGACAGAGAGGCUGGUUUUCAGAAUUUCGGAGGCACAAGACGGGGAGGAUUUGGUAAUCGUCAGCGUGAAGGGUCUAAUAAUUCUUACAACCCAUACGAUGAUGAACGGUACAAAAGGCCACGCAUUAAUGUGCGAUGAAUCUGAACCAUGAUUCAACUGGUUUUUGGUAAUUGGUUCGUUUCUGCCCCACGGGUUUCCAAAAUGAGUAGACUUCAAAUAUCAAGAGCUCAUUUUUCAUUAAAAAUGCUGCAAGAAGGAAAAUUGAAAAAGUAUGACUCUUCCACCUGCAAGCCUUGUAUCAAGUAAAUCAGCAGAACUUCCCUAGCAGUUGCAGACGACCGACCUGAAGUUCAAUUGUGCUAAAUAUAAGAUCUGAUCCUUCUUUUUCUGUGAGAGUUGAGCUUCGCAUUCAGUUUGGUUACCAUUGCUUGGCCUUGUAGGUGUGAAGACGAUGCAAUCACUUCGUGCCGGUCUAUCCCGGCGCUCUCCAUUCUUCUUCUCCCAACACCUGCAAAAGCAGGACCAGCACUGGACCAUUAAGUUUUGUUGCCACAGCAAGACAACACUGGGCCUCAUAAGUUUUGUUGCCAAUAGUGAACUGUUGAGCUUUAUUUGCAUUUUCAUUCCUAUUAUCAUUCAAGGGCUUUUUGAGUUGCUGUUCCCUAUUGGGAUUAAAUUGCAGGAUGUAUUUUUUCUUUAUUGUUUUUUAUUUAUUUUAUUUUUAUCAUAAAUGUGUCUUCUUCCUGUGUAUGCAUGCAGUUGGUAAAAAUAAAUUGAUGAAAAUCAUAUUAUACCUGUUUUUCUAAUA